UUUCUGGUGGCUUCGCGCGGCAACGGUGCGUCGAGACAGCGUCGACCACACUUUUCCGGCUUCGUCCGACAGUCCGAAGGCGUGCGCCACAAUCUCAACCGUUCCAAGAGGGCGGCCUGAGCUGGCGCUGGGGACGCCUGAGGCGUGCCCGCCGGCGGUCUGAGCCGGCGCUGCGGGGCAGGCAACUGCGCGGGGAGGCCCGAAGACGGGCCGUUCAGCUCGCGCCGCUGCGCCUGCGCGCGAACUCCUCGUACCUCGGGGACCCCAGCUCACGCACGCUGGACUGGAAGCGAACGGCCUCCAUGCAGUCGAACAGAUCGUCAUCGCAGCUGCCCUUGUAGCCCGCCUUCUUCGCGAGCCGGGCGAGGGCCUCGUCGUGGUCCAUGCCGUGGUCGACCACGACCUCGGGCAGGAAGGUCGCCGAAUACGUCCUCGUGUCGCAAGGACACAGCCAGCUGGACGCCGCGUCGAAGUGGACCCGCACGCCGUGCCUGCCGAUCUCCCAGUCGUGCGCCCGGGUCCUCGCAGUCCUCGAAGCUGUGCAGCAGGGAGAGCCGGCAGGACAGCAGAGGGACCUCGCCCAGCUCCACCGGGGAGAACCGCCGGUCCGCCAGCGCGCUGCGCAGCGCGAAGUCCGCCAGGCCACUGCCGAGUGCCACGGGCCUCAGCGUGCCCACGCACCCGCGGAGCUUCCUCGCCCGCCACUUCCAGGUCACGAGAGGCCGGGCACGGGUGGGACACAUCCAAGAGGCUUCGGGUUGAGCCAGUGGACCCUAAACCUUAAACCCAGACCCCCGACGUCGUGAUUUUUGCACAACGU